AUGCUUAGGCGGACUACACGACGCACUGCUGGAGCUUCUCCUGCCAGCGAGGCUCCUGCCAGCGAUGCUCCUGCCAGCGAUGCUCCUCCCAACGCUCUGUCCGGCGGUGCCAUUUCCAGCUCUUCCAGCUCUGGAUUGAAGCGUCGCCGCGAUGCUGGCUCGCCCGAUCCCAAACCUGCCCCAAAAGAAGACGACAAAGAAGACGGCGUAAUUGUCGUCGAUAUGGCAGGGCGCCAACCUCGCCCGCGCCCACAGCUCCCACUCUCGGGAAGUUCCGCUAUGUUUGUCAAGAAAGAAGACCAAGAUGAGCUCUCGCGUCGCCCUACCACGCCACCGAUAAGCUCACGGAGCAAGAAGCGGGCUCGAUUUAGUUCUCCAGUCAGCUUUUCCACCCCGCCAAAUGCUGAAGACGAGCCUCGAGAUGCCAUCUCGUCCCCUCCGAGAAAGCGUCUUCGCCGACUUGGACCACCAAGGCCUUGGGCCUCGGAUCGCCUGGCUGAUCCAACUGGAGCGGGCAAUGAGCCUUCUCCCACAAAGCCAGAGCUCACACCGCCGCGAUUGUGGUUCAACUGCAUUUCAAAGAAGCAGAAACGUCUGGCAGAAAAGAACUCCAUUAAUGAGCUUGUCCAACAGAAGGGAUGGAACAAAACCCUAUGCAUCGAUCCAUUGCUGUGGACUAGGGCCCAAUGCCGACUUCUUAGGUGUCUGUUCAAGUACGACGAAGAUGCGCAACAGCGUUUCCCAGAAGGGUGGUAUGAGGACCACAGCUUGAGCAAGGUAGAUGCGUUCAAGAUGCAUGUAGAUGUAUGUAGCCCGCUCAGAACCCGCGAAGUCAAGCUUGAGGCACUUAUGCGAGUACUUCGCGACAACGACUUCGAAGUUUUGGGAAAUUCUCAUGAUAUGCCCAAGAACAUAUGGGUGUCGCCUUUUAGGCGCGACUUGAACUUUAUUUAUCACGGCAAGUCAUACGCCGAGGUCGCCGCAGACGCCAUCUUCUCGCAUACCGCUGGUAAGGAAAUCCACAGCCUGGCCUAUGUCGACCUCGACUACGCACGCGCCAAUCGCAGACUGGCUUUGAGCCUUGCUCCGCCUUCCUUCCGAGACGGUCAGCACCCCUCUGCUUUCGUCGGCCGGGAGCAGCCGGCUCCUAAGACGUUGCGCCACGAUGCACAGGAUCCAUACAUCGUGGGUGUCAUGAUCGCGUUGGCACAAAAGCAGCGCGAAGACGAGGUCCGAAAAUCUCAGCGCCAGCGUGAUGCUGCAACCCAAUCCGAGCCAUCGUCAUCCGAAGUCGGUACCAACGCCAAGCUGGCGAAGCCCCAGGUCGAUGAGACCGAUGCUUGCUACAAGGUUUCUGUCGUGGCCAUCCCGGAGAAGGCCGAUUACAUGUACUUCUAUACAGCUUCCUUCCCCUUCAAAUUCCUCCAGAAGCUCUAUCGGCCAUCUGAAUAUUCGGCCUCUGACUGGGUCCCUAUUCGCUACUUCCAGGCGCCCCUCAGGAAAAAACUCAACAUCUUGGAGAUGUUGACCCCUACCAUGAAGAAGAUAGUCGGUGAAGAGCGUACCUCACUGUAG